AUGGCGCAAUUUGUGACUCACAUCCAACCUACCCUGGUUGAGUCCUCGCACCACCACGUGCCACAUCCUCAUCACUAUAAAGAUCACCAUGGAAAAGACCAUCAUGGUAAAGAUCACCAUAGCGAUAAGCAUUCGGGAAAGUCAGACCAUCAUGGAAAAUCAGAACACCAUGUAGAAAGUUCGUCUCAUGCAAGUGGCCACCAUCACUUUCCAUUUUUGCCCCAUACUCCAGUCGAACACCAUCACUACGAUGGUCACGAAGGUCAUGGUCAUGGUCACCACGAAAAUAAAAGGGAUUCUGGGCAGUAUCUCGAUUCUCAUGGGGUCCCACAUACAUUCCAGUUGCAUUUCAUUGAUUCCCAAGGGAUUUAUAGGGAUUACCACGGUCAUGCUAUUGAUAUUGAGCACCAAGAUAAGGAUAAACAUAAGGAGAAGAAAGACCAUAGAGAACAUCACGAAGAUAAGGAUAAAUCCCCGUACAAAGAAGCUAUGCGACCUCAAUUCAUAAAUUUGCAUCCUACCCAUACUGAAAAUAAGAUACACACAAAAACCAUUUUAUGGAACAUGAAAAAGAGCCGGUCUGGCGCUGAGAAACAAGAGAAACGACCUUUAUAUGGCGUCGCGUCGCCCGCUAUUUGCACGUUCCAGUCUCAUAACCAAGAAUUAUGA